AUGGCCUGGGAGGUGAUCGGCGGUGGGGACAAGGGCGGCAUCCUCGUGCGCAGCGGCCAGGCCACCAGCAGCGACCAGCUCCCUGAGCGGCUGAGCACGGGGGCCCGGGUGGAGGAGGUUGAGCUCGUGGGGGAGCGCUUGCACUACAAGCUUCUGUCAGGGACCGGCCCUGCAACUGGCUGGGUGAGCAUCUCCCUGAAGGACAAGCCCUUGUUGCAGCGAGUCGGGGACGCCGGGGACGCGGACGCCAAGGAGCCCAAGGAGGCCAAGAAGGAGGAGCUCCGGGAGGGCGACUACUACGUGACUUUGGGGGUCCUCUUCAAGAAGGUUGGCACGGACCCUGAGAAGGCGUCGAUCACCAAGCUGAAGCGUAGCGUGGGCUCCGUGGUGCACACCACGGGGAAGGUGUGGAGGGGCGGGGGUGGCGGCUACUGGGCCGAGCUGGACGUGGGCUCGGGCGACUCGGGCGCGGGCGAGAAGCCCGGGUACGUGAUGAUCGACGCCAGCGGCUUCGGCACGCCGGGGCCCUGCCUGCAGAAGGCCUCCAAGGAGGACGGGGAGAUCAUCCUCCUGAAGUCCAAGCCCCGCACGGAGGUCAAGCCCUGGGAUGAUGGCAGCGUGGAGAAGGAGUUCCUGGUCCUGAAGAAGACGACGGUGGCCGAGGUGAGGGUCAUCCUAGGGAUGCUGUUCAAGAUCGCCAAGGCCGAGGCCAUCACGGUGCUGUCAAAGGACGGAGGGCCGCUGGCACCCGAGACCAGCGUCCAGGAGGCGGGCUUCCGAAGUGGAGACGACUGCGCCUUCGAGAGCUCCGAGGGGAAGUCCCUGAAGCUGGUCGUCAUGAGUCCCCUCGAGGAGGGCGUGAAGCUCACGGAUCUUGACAUCAAGAGCGACUGGACGGUAGGACAGGUGCGGAAGCUCCUUUGCAGCACCACCGGCCUAAAGGAGGCCAGCAUGAUCAUGGCCCGGGGCAAGAUGGGGGAGCGUGUCGGCGAGGACGCGCAGCUGAACCUGUCGCACCUGGUGGUGGACUGUGGCUACAAGGAGGGGGACGAGAUCGGAUUUAUCUACAUGGGCGAUACGGAGGGUGAUCUGAAGGACUUCCUGUCCAAGCGGUAG